GCUAACCUGCAAAAUUGGUGGCCUCGAGCAUUACAUUUGGCUAGCGCUAGGACCCUGAGGCAGCAGCAGUUCAACUAAAGAGGCGGGGCCAGGUAGCGGCAUCACGGGCGCGCGCGUUGCCUUCACAACCAAGAUGGCUGCCGGCAAGGAGCGGAGGACACUCGCGGGAUCACUGCCAGCGGUCACCACUGAUCAUGAAUGAAAAUUACGCCCUGAGAACAUUUGUGACAUUGGUUCUUGUUUGGCGAAGGGCGAGGGGAGCUUCUCCGGCAACGGUAAUCAGUCAUGAUGGAAGACAAAGGUCCUCGUGUCGCUGACUAUUUUGUGGUGGCAGGCAUGACUAGUGCAUCAAAGCCACUUGAAGAGGAGAUACAGUUUAAUGACAACUGCCAUAAAUUAGCUAAACCGAAAACACCCAUUACAGAUGUGGCUGUCAUUGUGAAAUCAUUGGGAGAGGAAGUUCCUCAAGGGUAUACAUGUGUUGAAACUACUCAAACAGGAUUAUCCGCUGAUCUCAAUAAUGGAAGUUUGAUGGGUCCUCAAAUUUUUUUAUGCUACAAAAGAGGUAGAGAUAAGCCACCUCUGACUGAUCUAGGUGUUUUAUACGAAUGGAAAGAGAGACUGAAGCAUGGAUGCCAAAUCAUUCAAACCACACCUUAUGGCCGACCUGCUAUUAUCAGUGGUGGCACUUCAUCUCAACGAAUCUAUAUCACAUAUCGACGGGCACCAGAAAACUCAGCCCAGAAUUCACUGGCUGUUACUGAUAUUUGUAUCAUUGUUCCAAGUAAAGGCGAGACGCCACCACAUACUUUCUGCAGGGUGGACAAAAAUUUAAACAGCAGUAUGUGGGGAUCAGCUGUAUAUUUAUGCUACAAGAAGUCUUUGGCCAAGACCAACACUAUAGCUUACAAAGCUGGUUUAAUAUGUAGGUAUCCAGAAGAAGAUUAUGAAUCUUUCCCUUUGCCUGCAUCAGUACCUCUCUUUUGCCUGCCAAUGGGGGCAACCAUUGAAUGUUGGCCGUGCAAUACCAAAUAUCCGCUUCCUGUUUUCUCUACAUUUGUGCUUACAGCAGCUUCUGCAGAAAAGGUUUACGGCGCCGCUAUUCAAUUUCAUGAGCCUCUUCCCCAGGAGAAUUUGACCGAUAAGCAACGAUCACAACUAGGCCUGGUCAGUGCAGCUGACCGAAAACCUAUCCUCUCGAAAACCGUUCACACCAGCAAGUGUAUCUGUCUUCUGUCACACUGGCCAUUCUUUGAAGCUUUUCAGAAAUUUCUCACGUUUUUAUACCGCUAUUCAAUCUCCGGACCCCAUGCACUACCAAUCGAAAAACAUAUCUGUCAUUUCAUGCACAAAGUUCCAUUUCCUUCUCCUCAAAGACCAAGGAUUCUUGUGCAGCAAUCACCUCAUGACCACUUAAUGCUGUGUCAACCUGUAUCUUCACCACUACCAUUGAGCGGUGGCAGUUUCACUACUUUGCUGCAGAACCUGGGCCCUGAGAAGGCAAUAACUCUGUUGCUGUAUGCAGUGACUGAACACAAAAUUCUUAUUCACUCCCUACGUCCAGCAGUGUUGACCAGUGUGGCUGAAGCACUUGUUUCUAUGAUAUUUCCUUUCUACUGGCCAUGCCCAUACAUUCCUCUGUGCCCAUUGGCUUUGGCAGAUGUCCUUAGUGCCCCUUGCCCCUUCAUUGUGGGAGUUGACUCUCGCUACUUUGACCUGUAUGAUCCUCCAAGUGAUGUAAGCUGCGUGGAUCUUGACACUAACACCAUCUCACAAACGGAUGACAGGACAAACGUUACGUGGAAAGUACUUCCAAAGAAAGCCUGUAAAAAUCUGAUCAACUCUUUAAACAACAUUUAUGAACAACUGGCAGAGAUGCAUCAAAGACCCAGAGAGGAAGCUUUAAUGGAAUUAGUAAUUAAUGAUUUGAAUUCUGGUAAAAAGAUGCAUGUGUUGGAACUGGAAAUUCAGGAAGCAUUUCUUCGAUUUAUGGCUUCCAUUCUGAAGGGAUAUAGAACAUACCUUCGACCUAUCACAGAGGCUCCUUCUGAAAAAACAACAGAUGCAAGCUCUCUCUUUGAUCUUCAAGGUUUUCUGAAAAGCAGAGAUCGUUCACAUCAAAAGUUUUACUCAUUGAUGACAAAAACACAAAUGUUUAUUCGGUUCAUCGAGGAAUGCUCUUUUGUGAGUGACAAAGAUGCGAGUCUGGCUUUCUUUGAUGAUUGUGUGGACAAAUUGGAUUCAGAGCGCAUCGAGGACUUGCACCUCAUAGAAUUGGAUGAAUCUCACAAAAGUGAACAUACAGUUUUCAUAACACCACCUGAGCUUCCAACUCUUCCAAAUGGAGAAGAAUAUCCUCUUCAGUAUAGUUACACUUGCUUUCCUGUGCUAUCGCCACAGCUAUUUGACAGACCAGCGAGUCUGUUAAAGACACCAACCAACAGGUUAACUUCAAAAAAUAGUUGUCCCAAUAGCCCAGCACCAAUGGGCAGAAGAACUAAGCAGGAGAUAAAGUCAGCUCAAAAAAUUGCAAAGCAUUACUCAUUAAUUCCUCAGAUGUGGUCAAAGUGUCUCCUCCGUCAUUGCUAUGGUCUCUGGUUUAUUUGCCUUCCUGGCUAUGUGAAAGUAUGCCAUUCAAAAGUCAGGGCUCUUCGGACUGCUUACGAUGUACUAAGAAAGAUGCAGGCCAAGAAAUUGGAGGCACCAGAUGAGGUGUGCUACCGUGUUCUGAUGCAGUUAUGUGGCCAGUAUGGGCAGCCUGUACUAGCUGUCAGAGUCCUGUUUGAAAUGAAGAAAGCUGGGGUUCACCCCAAUGCUAUUACUUAUGGCUACUAUAAUAAGGCUGUUUUAGAGAGUACCUGGCCAACGAGCAACAGAGGUGGUUACUUUCUAUGGAUGAAGCUAAGGAAUGUCGUGCUUGCAACAUCUCAGUUCCGCAGAGUUUUGAAAAAAGCUCCAGCAAAUCCACUGCAGACCCAGGUGUUGUCGGAUGGCAGUGACCUGGAUGCUGUUAGCCAUGGCAGCAUGGAUAGCUCUAAUGAAACUAAUACUAUGGAGCCCCAAUUCAGCACUGAGCAAAUGAAAGUAGAUACCACUGAUGAUAGAUCUAGUACAGGUGGACAAUCAGAUCUAGGAUACAACUCAUUAUCGAAAGAGGAAGUUAGACGAGGGGAAGUGCCUUCAGCUCUUGGAUCUGAGCAACCUGCUGUGUGUCAGCCAGUGGACAAGGAAGACAAGAAAGAGAGUGACUCCAGUUCAUUGUCUGAGAGUGAAAGUGCAAAGGGCAGUGGAGACUGUCUGCCCCAUUUCGAAUUUGAAGGAACCAGAAGUAACUUGAAAUCUGUAUCCAGCAUUGUAAAGAUGAACUGCAGCUUUGAGACGGCUCAGCCAAACCACAGUACUGAGGAAAAUAAUGAAAAUGCUGCAGAAAUUCCAUUUACGACAUCCUUCAAUAAAGCCGCAUAUCCUGAUCCUGGGCUAGUCCACAGCAGCAGCUUGCGCAAGAGGCAUAAAAGUGCUGUGGAACCAAGCUUAAAGGAACAGAUGGUAUGGGGAGGAAGGAACCGCAACCUUAGUGGUGAUGUUUUUGCAGGGCUUAUGUUGCACAGAAGAAGCUUGGACAAUGACCUCAGGGAGAUUACAGAUAAAUUGGGUGCUGAUGCCAAAAUCUUAUCAACAGCUUUACAAUUGGCCACAAGGCCAAACACAUUACAAAUUGGCAAACCCAGGCACUUGCUCAAACAGGAAAGUUUAAUCCAAGAAAAGGAACUGAGUGAUGAAGAUGCUCCAUUUGAAUUGGAUGAAACAUCAACUAAUAUGGAGGAUAAAACAGAUUCUCCUGCCAUCUUUGAUUUGGAAGAUCUGGACAAUGAUCUUGAUAAUGCAAAGUCUCAAGGAAAAUCUAAUCAACACCGAAGGCAGCCACCCAAACAAUUGCAAAGGAGUUUAAGUGUAGGAGCUGGGAUCAAACCAGCAGAAAGAAAGGGAGUUCAAAGAGGCUAUGACCCCCUUUCUCUUCUGGUUGCAGAAACUGAUCAAGACAAAGACGAAGAUGAAGACUAUGAUAAAUGUCUCUCCACUCCUUUAACCCGUCGAAACUUGGCUGAAGAAAUAGAGAUGUACAUGGACUCCAUGAAUAGUCCUUUGUCAAGUCGCACACCGAGCAUGGAUCUCUCAAAGCCCGAGGAAGAAAACAGUGCAUCAUUUAACACCAAAGUUAUGCCUGCAGUAAAAGGAUCAAGGAGAUCCAGCCUUCCAUCAGGCUCACCCAGAUCAGCAGGACUUUCACGCUCCAGAACAUUUCAACCACAACCAAAUGUCAAACGAAGAGACAGACUAUGGUCCUCACCAUCAUAUUCUCCAAGUAGCAUCAGAGGAGUUCGAGGUCGAGAGACAGGUAGAGCUUUGACCCUCAUGUCUCCACCUCCGUUUAAAUUGGACUCGUUAUUGCCACCCACCUUUGAUGUUUUAAAGCACAGUAUGUUCUCAGCUGGGAAGGGAGUUGCAGAAAAGGCAAACAAGUGGUACACCAAGCUGGCAACAUAUGCUGUACCUAUCAAGGAAAAUGGCAAGGGAUAUUAUUCAGAGAGGGAUAAUGCCACCUUUGCUGGAGAGCAGGAACCUGAAGCAUCAUCCUUGGAUGAAGAGUGCUAUGAAGAUUCAGACAGAUUAGCCUCCACCCAAGCUGGGAGCAUGCCUGCAGGCGAGCCCAAAGGAUGGGGUGUGAGACAGGCUAGUAUGGACAGCUCUGGAAAUCACGAUGGGACUCCCAGGCAACAAUUACAAAUUGGCAGUGCUCAGUCAGCAAGUUCCAACUUUCCUUUGCCAGACAAAUCAGAUGUUGGAUCUUCUCGAUAUACAAGCAGCACCAGCAUCUUCCAGAACUAUGCCAUGGAGAUUCUUAUCUCCAGCUGUUCCCGGUGUCGAACUUGUGACUCACUGGUAUACGAUGAAGAAAUAAUGGCUGGCUGGACAGCAGAUGACUCUAACCUCAACACGAAAUGUCCGUUCUGUGGCAACUUGUUCCUUCCUUUCCUGGGAAUUGAAAUCAAAGAUCUACGUGGACCGGGCAGAUAUUUUCUGAAAUCCAGUGCAUCUGCAGAAAAUGUACAGAAUUUGCAGUCCAUGCAAUCUUGCCGAGGAGUUAAGAACUUCACGGUCUCCCCACCUCGCUUGGACAUGAACGAUGACAACAAGCCUCAGUCUCCAAGAAUUACAGUGCAGGAAGUUCCAGACAUGCAAGGUUGUGUCCAGCCUUCUUCACCACGAAGCAUUCAGAUUCCUUCAGAUCGAUGGCGUGGGAUCAGUGAGUCCUUUCCUUUGGGCCAGCCGAUAGCAAGGAGCAUCAGUGGAUACAGCUGCAUGGCUGAGGAGUCUGGUCCAUGGCGACACGUCCACACUGUUCCAACAGGCAGCUUGCCCACUAACCUGAAUGAUUCAAAGGAUCCGUUGAACAUGGAAUGGCAGUUAACCCAUCCUGACCCUAUAACAGUCCCAUACCUGAGCCCCUUAGUGUUGUGGAAAGAGCUGGAAAGUUUGCUCGAGAAUGAAGGUGAUCAAGUGAUAUCCGUGGCAUCAUUUGUGGAUCAGCAUCCAAUAGUAUUCUGGAAUUUGGUGUGGUAUUUCCGUCGGAUUGAUCUGCCCACCAACUUGCCUGGACUUGUGCUAACUUCAGAACACUGCAACAAAGGUGUGACGAUCCCUCGAAGUUGGAUGUCAGAAGACAGCAAACACGUCCUGAUUCAGAUGCUGUGGGACAAUCUGAAAUUGCAUCAAGAUUGCAGCCAACCUUUCUACAUCCUCUGGAAUGCUAAGACUGAAAAGCAUUCACUUGUUCACACCCUGCGGGAUGAGGGCCACUUAUUUAACAAGGAUUUCCUGGACAGCAUUGUUCGAAGCAUUCAGAUGAACGACAUCUAUAAACCAAUGAGUAAACUUCUGGAUGUAUUGAGCAUACAAACAAAUUUUAAACGACAAAGGAGUCUCUACAGGGAAAUUCUGUUCCUUUCGCUUGUGGCUCUUGGGAAGGACAACAUAGAUAUAGAUGCUUUUGACCGAGAGUAUAAGAUGGCAUAUGAUCAGCUGACUCCCAGCCAGGUGAAACUGACCCAGAAUUGCGACCGGCCUCCCAGCUCUGGUGUCAUGGAGUGUCGCAGGAUCUUUGGGGAACCCUACCUCUAAGAGUCCUAUUGAUAUUACCCUCAAUGAAGGCACACAUCAGUUUGUGUUCAUCCUCUGCACUGCUCGUGCUCUUUGGAAUUUCAGUUCUUGGAGUCUCUAAACUUAACCAUGUUAAAUUAUGAUGAAUGAUUUGUCAUUUUAAGACUGGGGAAUUAUACAGAGAGUAAGAUCAAAUGGAAAGCAUUGUAAAUAUAAAUGAAGGUCAUUUAAAUAUCUUUGUAUUAUAGUGCUAUUGGUCAGGUUAACAAAAAAUAUUGCAUCGAUGCUAGAGGGCUUGGCUCUCGAAAGUAAGCUACUAUGUACAUAAUAGCCCUGGCUACUGUCGCAUCUCAUCGUCUAUUACCCAUAUAGUUUUUAGGAGUGCUUUUGGUCAAAAGUGUAAAAAUGUUCAUAAAAGAGAAAUGUGAACUGGAGGCACAGUGUAAAAGUGACACGGCUUUCACGUUAUUACAAAGUACUUUUCAGUAUUUGUAUAUUUAAAUAACAAGAUCUUUUGCUGAUAUCAAUCUUUAUAUACACAUAUUAUAUAGUUCUAAGUAUGGUUGAUAUAAUAUAUAUAAUAAUGUGGUGCGAUAUGUUCCAGUUAGAAUAUGCUUUGCAGUUUUUGCAGUAGCUGGCCAUCUGAGAGAACUCACUUCGACCUACUGAAUUCUUAUCUGCUAAGGAAAGGAAGAAGUAACGGCAUGAGAAGGACGUGCAGCUGUAUUACUGAAGGGUCAGAGCGGUAUGCUGCCUGUAUAAACUAUAUUUGUCAGGGCUAAGUUCAAAGGACUUUGAUAUCAGAGCUAAUAUGCAAUCUCUCUUUUUAUGUUUAAAGUCAAUUUCCUAUGGGAAAAGUUACUGUAUUUAUUAGCUUAUUAAAUAACACUUCAAUGAUAUUACUAUCGGAUUUGUGAAUAUGAAAAUCCACCAAAAGUGAUGUCUAAUAGAAUAUUUUUAUGCUGCAAUGUUCUUGUCUAACAGCAACGCUUUGUUAAACAAUACAGUUUUAUAUGUUCUAGAUCGGUCCUGGAGGCUAAAGGCAGUUCAACCCUGUAGUUUCUUUAAGAAGAAAACUUCUGUAUAAAAAGUUUUCUAAACCUGUCCCUUUGAAAAAUAAAUUGACAAAAUACAGCCAA